UGGGCAAUCGCUGUUUCCUCCCGCCGGGGUCUGCAGGACCCAGCCAGCUGGUGCCAACACACCCACUCCCCGGAGCCUUGCAUCCUCGGAGCAGGCAUGGAAGACGCUGUCGUGAGGCCCUCGGUGUUCGUGGUGGACGGGCAGACCGACGUCCCUUUCCGGAGACUGGGGCCGGGUGGUCAGAAAGUACAGUGCAGCGCCACCCGGCUGGGCCUGGGCCUCCUGCUGCUGCUGCUGGUGGCCGGGCUGGUCAUUCAGGGCUGCUUCUUGCUCCAGCUGCACUGGCGAAUGGAAGAAAUGGACCAAGGGACGACGGGAUCGGACGGGCAGCUGCUCCACAAGCGAAAUUCUGCCGCCGAGGAGAAGCCCAUGGCACACCUUACAGGUUCCAACUUCAGCCUGCCCGACGACCGAAGCCCCCUGCUGUGGGAGUCGAGGUUCGGGAUGGCGUUCAUUCGCGGCUUCCGCUACCAGGACGGCGCCCUGAUCGUCCGCCGGGCCGGCUACUAUUACAUCUACUCCAAGGUGCAGCUGGCCAGCCGGGGCUGCCCCGAGGGGGACUUCUCCUACGCCCUCGGCCUCUACUUGCGCACGCCCCGCUACCCCGAGGAACUGCAGAUCCUGACCGGGCGGACCACGCCGUGCGAGGGGGAGAGCAAGGAGCAGAUGUGGUUCGACAGCAGCUUCCUGGGGGGCUUGGUCUACCUGGAGCCCCAGGACCAGGUGGUGGUUCGGAUGCUGGACUCCAACUUGAUUCUCGUCCGGGAUGAGUUGGAGUCCUACUUCGGCGCCUUCAUGGUGUGA